CGCUUGGUUUCUUCCUUCUCAACCACCAGCUGCUGGUGACGCAUCCGCCCUCCCCUCGUCUCCGGGCUUUAAAAUACACCCUCCCCCACUUUUUUUUUUUUCCACCUUCCCUCCUCCCUCCCUCUUCCUCUCGCUCCGGGCUGAAUUAGUUCCUCUCCCAGUGUGGCGUCUGCUUGCUCCCAGAGCUCGUUUCUUCUUCUUUUUCUUCUUCUUCUUCUUCUUCUUUUUUUCGCGCGCUCUGCGAUUUGGGGCCGCCGGUUCCUGCUUGGGAGUCUGGAGGAAUUUCUGUGACUCUCCUUUUUCCUUUCUGGCAGCAAGAGGGAACGGCGGCGAAGGCCAGUGUGCGGAUGAAGGACCUGCUGCAGUAGCGGGCAAUGUGGGCUCCUGUCCGGGUGCAGCUGCAGCCCCACAAGGACGUUGGUCGGGAGCUGCGCUGCAGCUGAGCGAAAGGCUCCGCUCGUCACCCCCGCCGCGAUCGGCGACGGCCACCCUUUUCCAAGCGGGGGAAAAAAAGCAGAAGCUGCGAUCGGUGCCGCUGACGGCCCCCUCUCGCCUCCCGCAAAAGCCAGUCUGAGUCUCCGGAGGAAGGCUGCUGUUUUACACACUCACUCACACACACACACACACAAACACACCCCACUCAAGGAUUGAGGCCAUUCUGGCGGAAGGGUGCGAAGGGGGGCUAGAUCUGGGGUUUAACAAUGGUGGGGCUUCUGGUGAGCUCCUGCUGCGCCCUGGCCGCGUCGGUGCUGCUCCAUCCCGGUUUCGGAUCUCGGUGAGGAAAAAAUGAACGAAGAGACGGCGAAUUCUAACCAUGAUAAUAGUUAUGCCCGUGUGCGAGCUGUGGUGAUGACCCGUGAUGACUCAAGUGGUGGAUGGUUACCACUUGCAGGGGGUGGACUAAGCUGCGUCACCAUUUUCAAAGUCAUUCACCAAGAAGAAAGUGGCUGUGCUGAGUUUCUUAUACAUGGGGAACGUCUCAGGGAUAAAACGGUGGUUUUGGAGUGUACGUUAAAGAAGGAGCUUAUUUACAAUAAGGUUACGCCAACUUUUCACCACUGGAAGAUUGAUGAAAAAAAAUUUGGCCUCACAUUUCAAAGUCCCGCUGACGCAAGAGCAUUUGAUAGAGGAAUUCGUAGGGCUGUUGAAGAUAUAUCUCAAGGUUGUUCCACCUCACAUGAUGAAAUCGAAGUGCCUGAAGAUGGCUUUCCAGCAAUUCCAGAAAAUACGUCAAGUUUGCUAAUGAAAGAUCCGAUUUUCCAACAUGAAUCUCUAGCAAGCAACGAUCCCCACAAAACUUUAUGUAUAAGACCCUCAGUAUUUGAAGAUUUGAACACCAGAAGAUUGUACUUCCACAACCAGCCAAACCAGAUACCCCAGAAACCAGUCAGGAGCGUCACUUUUCAAGACGAAGAAGAAAUUGUUCGGAUAAACCCUCGUGAUAUUCUAAUACGUCGCUAUGCAGACUAUCGGCAUCCUGAUAUGUGGAAAAAUGACUUGGAUAGGGAUGAAAUAGAUUCCUCGCUGCACUGCCCUAAAGCAGACCAUAAAAAAUCGGACUAUCUCUACCCAUCCGGAGAUGGACCUAAACUGAAUUCCCUAAAAGAUUCUAAGAGUUCUGUGGUACUCAAAACCCAGCCUUCUUCUAUCAAAUUGAAAAAAUCCAAAAAAAGGAAAGAGGAUGGUGAGCGCUCUCGAUGCAUAUACUGUCAAGAGAGGUUUAACCAUGAAGAGAAUGGGCGGGGCAAAUGCCAAGAUGCUCCAGACCCAAUUAGAAGAUGCAUAUACCAAGUUAGCUGCAUGCUUUGUGCCGAGAGCAUGCUCUACCACUGCAUGUCAGACUCUGAAGGGGAUUUCUCUGACCCUUGCUCCUGUGACACGAGUGACGACAAGUUUUGCCUACGAUGGCUGGCCCUCGUCACUUUGUCUUUCAUUGCGCCAUGUAUGUGCUGCUACCUCCCACUGAGAGCGUGUCACCACUGUGGCGAAAUCUGUGGAUGCUGUGGAGGAAAACAUAAGGCUGCAGGAUGAAGCAGUCUGGUGCAAAAAUGAGCUGACAAGUCUUUAUUGCUGGGAAGUAUCUAAUUCAUGGAAGCACUUGGCACGCAGAAGGGAAAACCCACCCUAUAGGAAAGGCCUCUUGUGGAAGAUGUGUCUGAACUGUGGCAUUUGACCAAUGCAAGCCAUGCCUAAUCUACUUUUUAAGUGCAUAGGACAAGUGAUGAAGGAGUUUUUGCAACCUGAAAGCCUUUCCUUCCGAUUGGUCUUUAAAAGAAGUAUAAACUCUGCAGUCCAUACUUCAGCACUCUGUACAUUUUGUGCUAUAGGUGAUGGGGGGGAAACACACUUUUGAAAUAAUCCAUUUGGCAGAAAAUUUAACUAAACCUGCACUAGGGAAAGCUGAUUGAAAACUAAAGGAGUUAAUGUCUUGGCAGAUAUGAAAAAUUAAAUUGAUUUUCAGUGCAACUAAAUUACUUAUAAAUAGUUUUCGGAAACAGUUUUAUGUACAAAUAACAAAUGUUUAUAUUUAACAAAAUAUACGGUACAAAUUGUUAAAUCUUUCUUCCACUUUCCAGUUCAGCAGUUAUGGACCUUGUUUCCAGGCACAUUCCGUGAUAGUAUUUCUCAGUUUUAAAUACUUAGUAUUUUUAUUCAAAUAGAGAAAUCAAUAUUUUCAGUCUUAUUUCCCUUCAACUACAUUUUUGUAUUAAUUUUCUUCUGUACAUUCUGGUAAUCUGAAAACCUUUAAAUAUUAAUUAUUGUAGUCUUGAAUGACCAAUGUUUUGUUAAGCACAGAUAUAAUUGUCUAAUGCUCUUAUGAGAACAUAACAUUUAUUUUUAUAUAUAAAUAACUCUAAUUUCAAUGUAAUGGCAAGAUUUUACCCCUCCCUUUCUCACAGCCAGCAGAUUUUCUUUUAGGAUUCCCUCCUAAAAAUGUUGAUGACAAAUGUUUGGGAAGAGAAAAUUAUCACUUCAAAAUUGUUUAAAAUAUAUGCUUAUAACUUUGUUUCAACUUGGUGCCAGUUAUUUCUUUAUAUGUUUCCAUUAUUUUACUUUUAUUUGACCUACCACAAGUUAAAUUUAUGUUAUAUGACAAACUGUAGUCCAGGUAGGAGAAAACAAGUUAAUUUCUUGUUGAAUGAAAAUGGAUUUUAUUUUGUCUUUGAGUUGUAGCAUAUUAAUGAAUAUAUUUAACUUAACAUUUGGCUGUGUGUUCUAAAUGCCAUUUCUGGUAAUUCCUAAAUGUUAUCUAUCAUAUGGCAUAAUAACAUAAUUAAGCAUAGAGGAUUUUUAUUAAUAAAAAUUUAAAGCAGUGAAGCAGUCAUUCAUUCAAAAAGGUUAAGGGAUGUGGAGAAGGGAGUAAAAUAUGUCUUUAAUAUGUUUUUGGAUUAAAAUUAAAAUUUCACAAUU